AACCUGUCAUUUUAAAACGUCACCAAAACAGGAAGUUUUAAUAUUUUUAAUUGAACACAUUUGGAUUUAGGUUUUUUUAAAAAUAAAAAUGGAAGAAUAUAAAAUAUCUGAAAAAGCAUAUGCAAAAAUGAUAUUUCAUGCUGCAAAGUAUCCCCAUUGUGCCAUAAAUGGGAUCUUACUUGCCGAAAAACCUACUUCUGGUCGCAACGAAUCUGUGAACAUCUCCGAUGCAAUUCCACUUUUUCAUCAAUGUCUCUAUGUCACUCCCAUGGUUGAGAUAGCCCUUGCCCAAAUUGAAGCAAUGGCAGACAGCCAAGGCCUGAUAAUUGCUGGUUACUAUGGUGCUUCAGAAAAUUUCUACGAUGCCUCUGUGGAAAAGGCUCCAGCUGGAAAAAUUGCUGACAAGAUACAAGAGAACUUUAAGAAUGCAUGUUUUGUGGUAAUUGAUAAUAAAUUCGUUUGUCACACAGCAGAAAAACCUGCAAUCAAGGUAUUUUCUCACGGAGAGGGACAUUGGAAGAAGGCUUCGUUUACAUUAAUCCAUUGCCAGAACACAUUAGAUGCAGUCAAUUCGCUUCUGAAGCGUGGUGCCAUGAAAGACAUUGUUGAUUUUGAUAACCAUUUGGACAAUCCAGAAAAUGAUUGGACAAAUCAAUAUUUAAAUAGAGAUCUUAAGCAGAUAAUGGCUAUGUAUUAAGGAUUUAAAAAACAUUACUUUUUCGUAUUACCUAGCAUUUGUGGAGGUAUUAGCAUUUAAACCAAAUAACGUUUAUAUGUAAAAGCAUAUUAAUAAAAAAAUAUAACAAAAGUU